AUGUCAAUCAAUGCUUCACAUUGCCAGCUUGGUGAAAAAAUGGAAGCUUUUACCUAUUUUUACUACUUGAUUUUUCUGACGGGAUUUAUUGGAAGCUGUUUCGCACUAUGGGCAUUCACACAAAAAAAUCAGAAACAGAAGUGUAUGAACAUCUACUUAAUUAACCUCUUAACGGCGGAUUUUUUGUUGACUUUGGCGUUGCCAGUAAAGAUUAUUGUUGACUUAGGAGUUGCGUCCUGGAAACUGAGAAUAUUCCACUGUCAAGUUACAGCCUGCUUCAUCUACCUAAACAUGUAUUUAUCAAUUAUAUUUUUGGGAUUUGUAAGCAUGGAUCGUUGCCUUCAGCUAAUGCACAGUUCUAAGAUGUAUCGCAUUCAAGAGCCUGGCUUUGCCAAGAUGCUGUCCGCAGUCGUGUGGGCAAUGGUUCUCCUCAUAACGGUGCCCAACAUGGCUAUUCCAAUAAAGACCAUUGAAGAAAGACCUGGUGCGGGAUGCAUCGAUUUCAAAACAAAAUUUGGAAGAGACUGGCAUGUGUUUACAAAUUUCAUAUGCACAGCAAUAUUCCUGAAUUUUUCAGCUGUGAUACUGAUUUCCAAUUUCCUUGUUGUCAGACAACUCUACCGAAACAAAUACAGCGAGAGCUACGCCAGUGUGAAGAAAGCCCUCAUCAACAUCCUGCUCAUAACUGCAGGCUACCUGCUGUGCUUUGUCCCGUACCACAUCGUCCGUAUCCCCUACACCCUGAGCCAGAGCGACACCACAACCAGCUGCUCCCUGAAACAAGCUCUCUUCAAAGCUAAAGAAUCCACCUUGCUCUUCGCAGUAUCAAACCUCUGCUUCGACCCCAUUCUGUACUACCAUCUGUCCAAAUCGUUCAGACUGAAAUUUAGCGAGACUUUUGCAGCACCCGAAGAGGUGAAGGUUUUCACAGAGGAAGAGGAACAACACAGAAACAAAGAGCAGAUGCAAAAGUGCUGAUUCUGAAAAACAUCAGGAGAGUGCAGGCCCACGCUACAACCAGCACCUGUGAGCACAGCUGCAGGGGCCAGCAACGGCCCUGCUGAGCAUGGCUACGGUGGCCAGCAACGGCCCUGCUGAGCAUGGCUACGGUGGCCAGCAACGGCCCUG